AUGCCCUAUAUACAAAACACCCCCGAAUCGCUCAUCCAGCGCGCCGAUUCUAAGAACCCCAGCUCAACAUGUCGCGGCAUCACCACGUCCGGCCGACCAUGUCGCCGCCCACGGAUCAAGGACAACGCUUCAUCCAGUCUCGAAGGCCUAUACUGCUGGCAGCACCAGGACCAGGCAUCCGCCAGCCUUGCGUCGUCAACGCAGUCCAGUCCCAAUGGGAAAGCGUCGUAUAAGCUGCAACAUCGAUCCAGCCUCGAGACGCUGGCAGAACGACUGGGACUCGUCGACCUGGAUGACCAGGCCACCGGCAGGCCUGACAGGCACGGGAAGAAGAAGUGCUCGGCAUUCACGAAACAUGAGAAGGAUUCCUCUUCCAAGAGCAACAGCUUCUCAUUCUGCCUGUGCGCUCCCAUCGUCGAAGUAGAAGAGCCGCCGCACCCUGUCCGUCCCAGACCACAUCCCAUCCAACGACCGGCCAAGGACCACGACCACCACUUGCCAUCUACACCGCAAUCAUCGCCGCCGAAAACCCCUUCCUCUGAACUGUCCAUGUCGCGCAUGAAACACCUCAUCCCCAACGACCUAGAUGCAGCUGCCGCCUCGGCACUCCUCGCCGAACUCGCAAAGCCCUACGACAAGUCCGAGCAGCCGGGGUACAUAUACAUGUACUGGCUCACGGCCACGGGUCCGCAGUCCCCGGACGCCGCGAGGGCCAUGCUCUCUCCACCCGACGUGCCCAGCAAGACUUCUUCUUCCGGCGUCAGCGGUACAAUGACACUCAAGAUUGGCCGGUCAGACAAUGUUCAGCGUCGUAUGAAUGAGUGGAGGCGCCAGUGCGGUCGGGACGUCACCCUCCUGAGAUUCUAUCCCUAUUCUCCCUCUUCCUCUUCCCCUCCUCCAUCACACCCUCACUCUCACUCUCCGCCUCCGUCUUCGCCUUCGCCUUCGCCUUCGACGGUCCGCAUGACUCCUCACGCCCACCGCGUCGAACAGCUCAUCCAGCUGGAACUCAAGGGUAGAGGAAUGAAGGCCGAUAUGGGGAAAUGCAGUGCCUGUGGUAAGGAGCACAAGGAGUGGUUCAAUGUUCCUGCGUCGAGGAGUGCAGUUGGGCUGGUUGACGGUAUCAUACGACGGUGGAUAAAGUGGGAUGAGGGUCAACUGAAAGCUUGA